UAAUGGUUCCGAUGUAACGUACUUAUUAAUUAUCGGUGCGAACUUCGGGCCAGGACAGGUGGGAGUCGAGAUUCGUCCCCGGUUAUAAAAGGCACCGCGCUCCGAUAGGACGGGCAGUUCGGUGGUGGUUCUUCAGCAACGCGGACGAAUAGGUUGCACCCCGAAAAAUGUCGUCAGCAGGACCGGAAGUGAUCGCAGGGUCGGUGACAGCGGCAUCGGCCACAGGAGUGUCGGCCAUGUCGGUGUUCUUCGCCCUCCUCAUCCCAGCCGUGGUCCUCUACUACAUCUACUUCAGGAUCUCACGCCGCCACCUCGUGGAGCUGGCGGAAAAGCUGCCAGGUCCCGCGGGACUCCCAAUUCUCGGGAACGCCCUGGAAUUCAUCGGCAGCUCGGACACAAUCUUCCGCAACGUCUACAAGAGGUCCUUCGAGUUCGACCAAGUGAUCAAGCUAUGGAUAGGCCCCAAGCUGAUCAUCUUCCUGAUCGACCCGCGGGACGUGGAGGUGAUCUUGUCGAGCCACGUCUACAUCGACAAGUCCAGCGAGUACAGAUUCUUCAAGCCCUGGCUGGGAAAUGGUCUCCUCAUCUCGACCGGACCAAAAUGGAGGGCGCACCGCAAGCUCAUCGCCCCGACCUUCCACUUGAACGUCCUGAAGAGCUUCAUCGACCUGUUCAACGCGAACUCCAGGUGCGUCGUGGAGAAGAUGAGGAAGGAGGUCGGCAAGGAGUUCGACUGCCAUGAUUACAUGUCCGAGUGCACCGUGGAGAUCCUUCUGGAAACCGCCAUGGGGGUCUCCAAGACUACGCAGGACCGCAGCGGCUUCGAGUACGCCAUGGCGGUGAUGAAGAUGUGCGACAUCCUCCAUCUGAGGCACACCAAGGUCUGGCUGAGGCCCGACUGGCUCUUCAACUUGACCAAGCACGGCAAGGACCAGAUCCAACUCCUGGAGAUCAUCCACGGGCUCACUAAAAAGGUGAUCAAGCGCAAGAAGGAGGAUUACAAGAGCGGGAAACGCAACACGAUCCAAGAAAAGGGCGAAGUCAAGGACGCAAAGAACGGAAACACCACCGUCGUGGAAGGGCUUUCGUUCGGUCAGUCAGCUGGUCUGAAGGACGAUCUGGACGUCGACGACAAUGACGUCGGCGAGAAGAAGAGGCUUGCUUUCUUGGACCUCCUCAUCGAGGCCGGCCAAAACGGAGUCGUCCUCACCGACGAGGAAGUCAAGGAACAAGUGGACACGAUAAUGUUCGAGGGUCACGAUACCACGGCUGCAGGGUCCAGCUUCUUCCUCUCCAUGAUGGGAUGUCACCCAGACAUCCAAGAGCGAGUUAUCCAGGAACUGGACGAGAUAUUCGGCGACAGCGACAGACCGGCCACGUUCCAGGAUACUCUGGAGAUGAAGUACCUCGAAAGAUGUCUGAUGGAGACUCUCCGCAUGUACCCACCAGUGCCAGUGAUUGCUCGCGAGCUAAAAUCAGACCUGAAGCUCGUGUCCGGGGACUACACCCUCCCGGCCGGCUGUACAGUAGUAAUCGGGACCUUCAAGAUGCACCGCCAGCCACAUAUAUACCCGAACCCUGAUGUCUUCAACCCGGACAACUUCCUCCCUGAAAAGACGGCGAAUCGCCAUUACUACGCCUUCGUACCAUUCUCAGCGGGUCCCAGGUCCUGCGUAGGCCGUAAAUACGCGAUGUUGAAGCUGAAGAUCAUCCUGUCGACGAUCCUGCGUAACUUCCGCGUGCACUCCGACAUCAAGGAGUCGGACUUCCGGCUGCAGGCGGACAUCAUCCUGAAGAGGGCGGAGGGCUUCAAGAUCAGGCUCGAGCCCAGGAAAUUGUCGGCCAAGGCCUGAGGAGCACCAACGAGAUCGGCGAUGUCCUGAAAUUCCGAGGCGCUUUUUGAGGCACAAGCGAAGAAAAAAAAAGAAACGGGCCCCACUAGAAGGGACGUAUAUAUCGAUACGUUGUACAUGUUGUAAAUUGAAUCCAAUUUAAUUAAAUGUCGUACGGCAUAUCAGCCUAG